GGGGCCGGAGCUGGCGGCGCGAUGGCAGCAGCCAGGAGACAAUAGGCACUGCGGGAGAGCCGAGCGUGAGUUACCCCGGGGCGCACCCACCCCCCACGCAGUUCUCCCACCUCUCGCAGCCAUGGACGGGACGUGCCUGGGAAGAGCCGCCGUGAACAACUGCACCAACCAGCAGUACUGGGACAGCCUCCUCUGCCAGUGCAUCCCCUGCAGCCUCAUGUGCGGGCACUCGGCUGUGCGGAGGUGCACGGCGCUGUGCGAGUCUGCAGUCUGUAACAGGAGAGCUGGCUUCUACUAUGACGAGCUGGUGAAAAAAUGCAUCAGCUGCAGCACAGUGUGUGGGCAGCACCCCAAGCAAUGCGAUGCAGCAUGUGGAGGAUCUCUGCUCGCCAGCCGCCCCCCGCCAGCCGCCCUGGUCUCAGCAUCACCUCCUGCAGCUGCACUGGAGCAGAAGGUGUGCGUGGAGCAGGAGCCGUGGCUGGUGGUGUACCUACUGCUGGGGCUCUGCCUCUGUGCCCUCGUCUGCUCCCUGGUGCUGGGCUGGACACACUUGCGGAAGAAGGGGGAGGUGGGCUCCUGCCAGGCCAGCACCGGGACCUGCCACUGCCGGGAGGACCCCGCCAAGGAUCACCUGGUGGAAGCGGGCAGCGUCGGUGAGGGAUCCACUGGCAGCAAAGCCUCGGAGCCGGUGGAAACCUGCGGCUUCUGCUUCCCCGGCCACGGCUCCGCUGUGCAGGAGACCAAAGCGUGCCACAGCCCCUCCUGCCACGCAGGGGAACGAGCUGCUGCCUCUCACACCGGGAUAUGCAGCAUGGGCAGCGCGGGGGCGAUCCCCAGCCCCAACGAUGGCCGCUUCAAAAUCAUUUGUUCCCCUUCGCAAGAGAAGACGCCCAUGGUGUGAGCACGGGGAGCGCUCCUGCACGGGGCCGGAAAGGAGGGUUGCUCCCCGUGCUGCUGGACCACAGCUGCUUCACCCUCUGUCUCCAGCACCCACUUCCACCAGGACAGGCAGACAAAGCACAGCCUCUGCACGAGGGCCGUAGGCCACGGACUGUUCUCUUCCACUCACCCGAAUUCCCGGCUAGCAGCGACUCCAUCCUCCUGCCCGACCUCUGCAGGCACCUCCGUGCGUCCCGCUGGUUGGGCUGACAUCCCGCAGGGGCUCCUCAUCCCAGUUCCUCCAUCGGCACCGCUUUGCCUCCGCCGAGGGAAGCGAUGCGCAGCCGUUGCCACCGCCAUGCUCUCAGGAGCACCUUUAACAGAGCUUUCUUCACGCACAAGAACAGAGGAGCUGUGCUGGGCACCGGCAUCGCUGCCAGAAUGGGGCUCUGAUGUGAAAAACCAUCCUGGGCUGAGAAGUUCCUGAAGAUCUCCGAGUUUUGGUGUGCUGCUGGAGGGGCUGCCUGACAGAGCCGGGAGUGGUGAUGCUUGAAAGCUGCUAUGGAAAACUGUGGGUUCAGUGCGUGUAACUUUAAGUUCUCACUAAAGGAGAGUGCAGGGCUUUUGCUUGGUGAGAAAUCACUCCCGAGAGGAGAUUCAAAGCCUUGAGUUUCUCAGACCAGAGCUUGAGACUUGAAACAGUACACGGGAGUGUCAUCAGAUGCACGAAUCGGUGAUGGGAAAAUAAACAGCUGGAGAAACCAUGAGCAGA